UGCCUUGUAGCGGCGGAGCAGCGGGAGGGGCAGGUAGUGUAGUUGUUUGUAGCUGCCGGGGAUAGACAGAGCUGCCAAGGUCGGCGAAAGUAUUGUCCAGACUACACUUUGCUCCUCGCCUACCUCUAAGGAACCACUACCACAACAAACUACCCAGACGACAAAGCGGAUGAUAUAGACAGCAGGCUGCAGUCCUCCACAGGAGAAGGUUUGCUGGAAUGGGUAACCUGCUAAAAGUCCUAACAAGGGAAAUAGAGAACUAUCCAAGCUUUUUCCUGGACUUUGAAAAUGCACAACCGACAGAAGGUGAGCGUGAAGUGUGGGAUCAGGUGAACACCGUCCUCCAGGACUCUGAGAGCAUCCUGAGCGGCCUGCAGGCGUACAAAGGAGCGGGCCAGGAGAUCCGAGAUGCGAUUCAAAACCCAAACGACAUGACGCUGCAGGAGCGAGCGUGGAACUCCGUCUGCCCGCUCGUCAUCAAACUCAAGAAGUUCUACAGCUUCUCCCUGAGAUUAGAGGAAGCUCUGAGGAGUCUGCUGACGUCGCUGACGUGCCCGCCGCUCACCCCCACUCAGCAUCUGGAGCGUGAGCAGGCAUUGGCCAAACAGUUCGCAGAGAUCCUGCACUUUACGCUGCGCUUUGACGAGCUUAAGAUGAGGAUCCCCGCCAUCCAGAACGACUUCAGCUACUACAGACGCACCAUCAGCCGGAACCGGCUAAACAACAUGAAUCUGGACAUUGAGAACGAAGUCAACAACGAGAUGGCCAACAGGAUGUCUCUAUUCUACGCCGAAGCCACGCCCAUGCUGAAGACGCUCAGCACCGCCACCACCAACUUUGUGGCAGAGAACAAAACUCUUCCACUGGAGAACACCACAGACUGUCUCAGCACCAUGGCCAGCGUCUGUAAGGUUAUGCUCGAGACUCCUGAAUAUUCGAGUCGCUUCAACAGCGAGGACACGCUUCUGUUUUGCAUGAGGGUGAUGGUGGGGGUCAUCAUUCUCUACGACCACGUCCACCCCAACGGUGCCUUUAACAAGUCCUCCAAGAUCGAUAUGAAAGGCUGCAUAAAAGUCUUGAAGGACCAGCCGGCGGACAACGUGGAAGGCCUCCUGAACGCACUCAAAUUCACCACCAAACACCUGAACGACGAGUCCACUCCCAAGAACAUCCGGACGAUGCUUCAGUAAUAUUUUGUCAAAAUCUAUAAACAAAUAUGAAGAGGAUCAUUGCGCUGACCUUAAAUAAGAUGUAUAUGUUUACAUUAUUUAAGACUGUUAAUACUUGUGUGUAUUUGGAUGGUCAUUCCCGCCUGCUUGUUCCGAGCUGAACCAGCCUCUGCUGUUCAAAGCACAAACGAAGGACGUCGACUCAUCCUCACCCAGAGAGCUGAGCUUUAAGCAGACAAAUAUCAUUUCACUUUUUUUUUUUAUUAUUGAAAGAGGAAUUUAUCCCAAAAAAAUACAGCUUUAAAUUGUUUUCUUUUUAACAUAAAAUGUUCUUUUCUUAUUUUUGUCACCAAAAAACUACUAAAUCAGCCGAAAACAGAAGCAGCCCGGACGCUGAGGUGAAAAGUUAAUCGUGGAAAACAUAAGGGAUUUGGUCAUUUGGCUGUUUUUUUUUUUGUUUUUUUUUUGUGUAGAUUUCUUAUCCUACUCCUUAAUUUUCUUUGGUAAAUAAAAUGCCCAGAAAAUAAAAACUUCUUUUCAUAUUUGAGAUUUGUUUCAAAUUUUAAUGAUCAUUUUUGAUUCAUUUCCUGAUCAAAUUCACCUCAUUUCUUGAUUUAUUUUUUUUAAUUAUUUUUGCUUAAAUUGUGUUAAACAUAAAAAAUGCCUUACAUUUUUUUUUAAAGUUGCCUCAUAGGAUCACUUUAAAAAUAUUCCCUUCUAAACGUUCUAAUUUGUUCAGUUCAAACAGACAAUCAGGUUCUUUUUAUAAUUCUAGUCUCUGUAGAGUGUAUAAUGGAUGCAGUAGACAUGUCAAGUCUUUUUAUUGGAUGGGAGGGGCUUAACCCCUCUGUUUUUAUUGAAUGGGAGUGUGGCCAAUCACAGAGCAGCUCACUGCCUGAAAUAAGCUGGUCUUAUCCUGUGAAAGAUGGACUUUUAUUGAAGCCAUAACCUUAAGUCCUCAGCUCCAAAUGAUUUUGUACUUUUAAAGGUUUUUCUUUUUUUAAUUGUCUGUAACCUAAAAGUGAAUCUGUAAGCCCGACUACGGAUGCAGUUUGAUCCAAACACCACACAAAGUGCUGAGACUUGAGAUCAGGAGUAUGCAUCGUGACUGAAGUGUCGAUUAAAACGGAAUUGUCGUCUGGACGGAUGUUCUCCACGCUUUCUUCUGCGCCGAACUGAUGCUACUGAUCAAACACGACUUUUUCUUUUGGCCUAAAAUGAACUGACAGUCAUUGUUUGAAUCCUCAUGGAGUUUAGAGUCACUGUUGAUAUGAAAUGCUCUGGCUUUGUUUUUUGCAUACUGAAUGGGAUGUGUGAAUUGGAAAAUAAAAUUGGUACAGUUCUUAAAAAAAUGCAAAUAAAAGUUUGAGUUCUUGCAUCAUUUAUAACUUUCUAUGCAGGAAUAUCAUCUUAUUUUGAAAAUAAAGCUUCCUAGUUGAAUACUUUUUUGGGGAACAACUACGUUUAUUUUUGUCUUUUAGUCAUCAAUCAUGACUGAUAAUUGUGAGUGGGAGCAAUUUUGAUCAAAAGGCAAAAUCAGGUAUUUGUUUUCUGUUCCUGUUUGAAACUAUAAAUACACU